CCACAGAUCCAUUUUAAAUCAUGCUGAAGAGCUCCUCCUGCUCGCUUCCUCGCUUCUCAGUUUCUCGCCCAUCUUCGAGAACGAAUUUCUUGAGCAAAAUGAUCACAUCACCCGAACCAUUGUGCCCCAAGUUCAUUCCCACCGAAAAGAGUGGAUCUGCGUCAAUUAGCAAACCUGAAGGUUUCAAGUUCAGUAUCGUGUCUUAUAACAUUUUGGCUCAGGCUUAUGUAAAGAGUGCUUUAUUUCCACACUCCCCGUCACCAUGUCUCAAGUGGAAAGCCCGAUCUCAAGCAAUCUUGACUGUUCUUAAAGGCAUAGGGUCAGAUUUUCUUUGCUUACAGGAACUGGAUGAGUACGAUAGCUUCUAUAAGAAAAUUAUUGAGUCUUUUGGCUAUUCAAGUAUUUAUGUUCAAAGAGGCGGGCAGAAGCGUGAUGGAUGUGGAAUCUUUUAUAAGCCAAAAAGCGCAGAGUUGAUUAUUGAAGAAAAAAUAGAUUACAAUGAUCUCAUUAAUUCAAUUCAAGAUGAAGCUACAAGGCCGAAGUUAAAUGAUGAUGAUCUACCAAAUAGUAGAAAAAGUUCUAAAUCAACAAAUGAGCUGAAAAGCAAUCAAACAGAUCGUGGAGAUCCUAAUGAUCCUCGUCUGAGACUUAAACGUGAUUGUGUUGGUAUAAUGGCUGCCUUCAAACUCAAUGGUCCUUGUCAUCACAUUAUUGUCGCGAACACCCACAUUUACUGGGAUCCAGAAUGGGUGGAUGUCAAGCUUGCACAAGCUGGAUAUUUGUUAUCUCGCUUGGCUCAAUUCAAGUCAAGAGUGUCAGAGCAACUUGGCAUCAUACCUUCUAUAAUAGUUGCGGGUGACUUCAAUUCAGUCCCUGGGGAUCAAGUAUAUCAAUACCUUGUUUCUGAUAUGACCACCUCUUUGCUGGGACCUCUAUGUAGCGUAUAUGCAUACACUAAAGGGGAACCACACUUCACGAACUGCACCCCAGGGUUUACUGGAACCCUUGAUUAUAUAUUAUUUUCACCUUCUGGGGAUGUUAAACCGGUAGGCUGCCUUGAGCUUCCAGAACCAGAGUCUUGUGAUGUACAAGGUGGAUUGCCCAAUUACUACCAUCCAAGUGAUCAUCUUCCAAUUGGUGCUGAAUUCGAAGUUUCCCAAAACUAGCUUUAACUUACCUGCUGUCUGUCUAUCUGGUCUUUAUAUUCCCCAUGCAUACUACUAAUUAAUGUCUUCUUUGUAGUGGUUUUUAUAUGCGUCCUUCCGUUGUUGCUAAUAGUAAAACCCCAGAUAUAACUAUCACAUUUAGAAUACCCAUAGUUGAGUGACAGGACUCUGAACUCAGUCCAAAUUCCUGACGACCCAUCAUCCGGAAACCUAGUCCAGUUAUACAGGCAGCCAGGCAGGCUCAUCAUUAACCUAGUCUAGUUGUACGGGGCAGUGAGCUUGGCUCGCGCCUUUGUGCAAACAUGCUCUUGUCAAUUACAUGUUGGUGAUCACAUUUCUUUCCGUUCAUCAGUUCAUAGUUCAUACAUGGAGGCAGGUUGGAUCGGAUUCAGUUUUUACUUCUCUUAGCGGUUUGAAGUUCCCUUAUUAUUCUGGAACCGCUGUCUUAUUAUUCAGGCUCCCAUAUUAUUCUGUUUAUUGACACGGUCUUCACGACUAGGCAAUGUGUAUCUGUCUGUCUCACCUCAAACAGCCGUGUGAGAGUUAGCUUCUUGCCGAGAACCUGAUAGUGUUUGAUCAGUUGGUGGCAGUUCUCCCAAGAGCUACGUUAGGAACCUGAGGACAUGUGAAGCCAAUCAGAUAAGAGCGAUUUUUGGUGCCCGGUGGUGUAUAGAUGGAUCGUUGGGAACUUAGCGGAUUGUUCAAGUGACUCAAAUAUGCUUCUCUUAAGGGUUUGGGACAUGUUCUUUGGAGCUCAGGAUUAGUCCAGUGAAAUCAGAAUCACUUGGUAUUAACAAAAAGUGAGUAUAAUUUGGAGGUGUUUGGUAAACACAUUCUCAACCAUUUUUGGCUUUUCGGUUUGACAGUCAAACAUCUAUUUUAGUGUUACAUAAAUAGUUUCUUGAUCUCAUUAUUUGAUGCAAAAAUGCCAAAAAUGGAAAACCCAUAGCUUGUUUCAAUAUGUCUUAGAUUUUUUAUUUUAUUUUAAAGCCUAAUGUACCUUCUGGUUUUAUUCCAAU